GCCCAUAACUGUCAUUUAGUGUCAACUUCAUAUUGUCAAUUUUUGUUUGUUUAAAGUAUUAAAAUAAAAAAUAAAUAACAUUUAAAUGUAAACAGCUGUGUUACUGCAACUAUAAUAUUUGCUAUUUACUUAAACAUAAAUAGUACAAAUUCCAUUUUCACAAGUGUUUGAAAUUAUUUCAUAUAAAUAAAAAUUUGUUAGUAACAAUUUUUUAUUAUUCUUAGUAAGUGAAUCAUACUAUCAAUUUAAUAAAAAUGUCUAGUACUAGUGUUGAUAAUGUAUCGGGAGAAGCUCAGGAGUAUGAUGGAUCAGGUAAUAUGUGUCUGGAAUUGGCAUUAGAAGGUGAACGUUUAUGUAAAGCUGGCGAUUGUAAAGCAGGAGUGGCUUUUUUUCAAGCUGCCAUACAAGCCGGUACCGACGAUUUAAGAACUCUCAGCGCCAUUUACAGCCAAUUAGGAAAUGCAUACUUUUAUUUAGGAGACUAUGGAAAAGCCAUGCAAUAUCAUAAGCACGACUUGACUCUAGCAAGGACAAUGGGGGAUAAACUUGGAGAAGCAAAAUCUUCAGGUAAUUUAGGUAAUACUCUCAAAGUAAUGGGUAAAUUUGAUGAAGCAGUUGUUUGUUGUAAAAGACAUCUUGAGUUGUCUAGAGAAUUAGAAGACAAAUUAAGUGAAGGAAGGGCUCUUUAUAACUUGGGAAAUGUGUAUCAUGCCAAAGGAAAACACAUAGGGAGAGUUGGUAAUAAGGAUCCAGGAGAUUUUCCUGAAGAUGUGAAAAGUUGUUUACUUCAAGCUGUAACAUAUUACGAAGAGAAUUUAGCAUUAAUGCAAGACUUAGGGGAUGUUGCUGCUCAAGGUCGAGCAUGCGGGAAUUUAGGUAAUACUUUUUACCUUUUGGGAGAUUUUGCACAAGCUAUUCAUUACCACGAAGAACGAUUGUCAAUAGCCAGACAGUUUGGAGAUAAAGCUGCCGAAAGGAGAGCUCACAGCAAUCUAGGAAACUCUCACAUCUUCAUGGGUCAGUUUGAAGAAGCUGCUCACCAUUACAAACGCACUCUUUCCCUGGCCCAAGAACUUUGUGAUCCAGCUAUUGAAGCACAAGCUUGUUAUAGUUUAGGAAACACUUACACUCUGCUUAGGAACUAUGAUGCUGCCAUAGAAUAUCAUUUGAGGCAUCUUCUGAUUGCACAGAAUCUCUCAGAUAGAGUUGGGGAAGGAAGAGCUUGUUGGUCAUUGGGUAACGCGUACGCUUCAUUGGGUAAUCAUGAUAAAGCUUUGACUUUUGCCAAGAAACAUUUGGAAAUUAGCAAAGAUUUGGGCGAUUCGAUGGGAGAAGCUACAGCCAAAAUGAAUAUAUCAGAUUUGAAAAAAAUUUUAGAUAUACCAGAAAGUCCGAGUGAUGAUACAGAGUCAACUAAAUCGGAUGCUUCGAAUAAUGUAGGUCAAUCGCAUGUUCAAAGGGUGAGACGUGAAAGCAUGGAACAGCUUAGUCUGAUUAAGUUAACUCCAGAUGGAAAACGGCCGGGUUUGUCGUUGCCUCAAAAAACUACCAUGAAAGCCUCAGUGGGGGAAGAAGACGAUUCGUUCUUCGAACUGUUAUCCAGAUUCCAAUCGAAAAGAAUGGACGAUCAACGUUGUUCUCUAACUGUCGAUAACAAAGAAAACAGAAACACAAACAACAUUCCUUAUAACAAUGAAACUCCUGAAGAUUUAAUUGAUAUGAUAGCCGGAAUGCAGAGCAAGAGAAUGGACGAACAGAGAGUAUCUUUACCUCAUUUACCUGGUUUGCAAUCGAAUUCUCGUCAAAUAUUGUCGGAUCCGCAUCGUUCUAACAGUGUAAACAGUGUUCCCGAUGACAAUUUCUUAGAUCAGUUAGUCCGUUGUCAAGAUUCUCGUUUGGAAGAUCAGAGAUCUCCGUUGCCUGUCGCCGCCGUUGACGCAGAAACUGAUCCCCCGCCGCCAACGAAUAGUAGUAAAAGCGGAGCCACCGUCCCCGAUGAAGAUUUCUUUUCGUUAAUUAUGAGAUUUCAAUCUGGUAGGAUGGACGACCAACGUGCUUCCGUACCAAGAAGAGAAACAAGAAUCGCAAAUGGUAGUGUACCUCAUCCUCCUGAUAAUUUAAACAACAAUUUAAGGAAUUCUUCGACCAAAAAGAAAAAGUAAUACAAUGUUCAAUGGAUUAUGGAUUUACGUUGUAGAUAGUCUUUAACUAAUUUGAAUUAAAAUAAAAACAUCGUUUUGACUGAAUUUUAAAAAUUAUAUAACUGUAGGCAUUCCAGUUCAUAAGCGAUGAAUCAAAUACAAAUUUUUUUUACAUUUAGUGAAGAAGCUUGUUGUUGCUUGGCAUUUUUAAUUAAACUAAGAACACAAAAUUCCCAAAUCAAUUACGAUAUAACAACCCCCUCCUCAAUAAAUAAUAGAAGACAAAACCUAACCAGUCUUCCACUCCCUGAACAGUUUUUAAUGUUAUUUUUAGUUUGUUAUAUUUCUCCUGACAAAUGUGACAGUGACGUUAUAGAUUCCAUUUAAAACCUUUUAAUUUGCAAUGAAAAUGGGAACUUUUUUGAACCGUUUAGGUCUUAUUAGGACUCUUCAGUACAAGUUAUUAAAAUUUUGUUUCAAAUUUACAAUUUGUACUGGAUAUCAUUUGAUCCUUAUUCCAUAAUAAAAACAGAAUUGUAAAACUGUCCUUUUCCAAGAUUUUCUCAAAUUUUAAUACUUUUUUUAACAAAUUAUAUCACUCGUAAACUAUUCACUGUCUGUACUUCUUUUUUUAUUGCAAUCACUUGUCUUAUGUGUUUUUCUAUUAUUUUCAUACAUUUAUAACUUUCAAUAUUUUCUCAAAUUGUAUCACUGUAUAAAUUAUGACAUUUGCAAACUAUUUAUUACUUGUACAUUUUUCUUUUAUUGCAUUCUGAAUCACCCUAUAUAUUUUUUUGUUAUUUCCCCUGAAAAACGUGACAUUAUUGACUUUAUUAGUUUGUUAUGAAAAUGGGAAAUUUGUAGACUUAUUCAAGUCUUAAUGGGACUCUUCAGCACAUUACAUUAUUCCAAAUAUUAUUAUAUUUGAAUAAAUAAAAAACAAAAUUGUAAAAGACAUUUUAUGUGAAAUGUCACUUUUCCUAAUAUUUUAUUCAAUAGCUUGACAUUUUUUAUCAAAUUGCAUCAUUCUUAAAAUAUUUUUUGUCAAAUUGCAAACUAUUCUUUACUUUUACAAUUUUUUCUUUCUUUUUAUUGCAGCACAUAACCUAGUAAAAUAUUUAAAACUCCAAACUGCUGGUCUUCGAGUCAUUUUAUGAUUUCGUCUCAUUUCUUUUUAUCUUUAUAACUUCUUAAUCACCCUAUAUGUUUUUUCGGUUGUGUUAUAUUUACCUCGACAAACAUGACAGUGACAUUAUCGAUUACGAUAAUAUCUUUUAGUUGGAAACGAAAAUGGGAAAUUUGUAGACCUGUUUAGGUCUUAAUAAGACUCUUCAGUACAAGUUAUAUGUUCUUUUGUUCAAAAUAUAUAAUUUAAACUGGAAACCACUUGGAUACUGUUUGAUUUUAGGAUCCUAACAUAAUUCCAAAUUCUUUUAUAUUUAAAUAAAUAUAAAAUAGAAUAGUAAGAGACAUUUUGUUAUCAAAUUACGUCAUUUUUAAAAUAUUUUUGUCAAAUUUCAAACUAUUCUUUGUUUUUGCAUGUUUUCUUUCCUUUCAUUGCAGCACGUGACCUAUUAAAAUAUUUAAAACUCCAAAAUGGUGUUUUUUGUCUUAUUUUAUUAUUUUAAUUACUUCUGAAACACCCUAUAUGAUGGUUCUGUUCUAUUUCUCCCGAACAACGUAACAGUAACACUAUAUAUUCUGCAUUAUAUAAGUUGUAAUGAAAAUGGAAAUUUUUUUGACCUGUUUAUGUCUUAUCGAGGCUCUUCAGCACAAUUAUAAAUGAAAAUUUAUAAUCUGUACCGGAAACCGCUUAUUUUUUUUUUCUAAUAGUGUGACAUUUUUUAUCAAAUUAUGUCAUAUGUAUAAAGUCUUUUAGUUGACUCUACGUUCGGUAUUUCUUUGUACAUCCUUUACCAUUUUCUCCAGUGCCCAUCUAAUUGAAUAUGUAUUUGUACCAAUGCUCAGUGGAUCAAAAUUCGAUUUCGUUUUCUACUAAAGUACAAUGUUCCUUUCAUUUUUUAACGCAAUAAGUUUGAUUUUAAUUUAUAGAAUUGAAGAUAUAUUUAAAUACGGUUAACGCAAAGUUGCCAAAUUUUUAAUCAUAGAAGAUAUAAAAUAUAAUAAUAUAUUAAUUUUAGUCCAAUUUAUUCUUCAUUUUUAUAUGUUUAAAGAUAAUAUUAUUUUUAAUACCUAUUUAGAAGUAAAGUUUCAGAAUUUCAAGGUAGGUGAAAUUGUUAAAAGCUCGAAUUUCCCACUAAAAUUAUCAUUUUUCGAAUACAGACCGUUUUUUUUUUCCUAAAAAAUUGUCAUUACAUUCCAAAUGGGUGUUAAAAAUACCACAUUAUCUAUUUUUUCCAUGAAAACAUUAUUUAUAAGGUAAAUGUUGAAGUAGGUUCAUAAUUUUUAAGUAAAUAAAGCAUGACAAAUAUUAUAUUGUCCAAAAAUUGUAAUUAACUAUACAGGAUGUAAUGAAAAUAUAUUAAUUAUACUAUAUACGAGGGUGAAACAACAAGAUUGCGGAUAAAAAAAUCAUUUUAUAUAUCAAUUCAAAUUGUAUAUAUUUUCUCAAACGUUUUUCAAUUUUUUUACCACUUUCAAAAUCAAGGUUAUCAAAAUAGGUAUUUUCACAAUUUGAAACAAGAAAUAGUCACUCUGGUAUUAAUUUGGAGGAAAGGACGGCCUAAUUCAUGGAUUUUUAUCAUCUAGUCAUUCUUGCGUGUUUUCUAUUAAAUAAUCAUAAGUUAUAGAUCUUUUUAUGCCUCAUCGGGACUCUUCAGUACAAGUUAUAUAUCAAAAUUUAUAAUCUAGACCGGAAACCACUUUCUUAAUUUUUUUCUAACAGUGUGUAAUUUUUUCUGUGGAAUAGUCUUCAUUCUCUCAACAUAGAACAGUAUAAAGACUUUCAAUUGACUCUAGAAAAGAAAAUUAUGGUUCUAAUUGGUUUGAAAACUUUCUUACAAUCUGGAGAAGUUGUAGUAAACCUAAAAAGAAAUGAGAUUUAUUUUUUCACGAACAAUGUUUUCCCCUUAGAAGUAUACCAGCGAGGUAGCCAUAUACCUGAGGAGUCGUUGUUCAUUCUAUUGAUAGUAGCACUGAAAGUCUUUAACUAAUUGUCUGUCAAAAUUAAAUGUACACUUUCAACGUUUUCGUUAGUUUUUGAAGGUCUUUCUGAGCGAAAAUGUGCCAAUAAAAAACUCCAUUUUCCUUGUUUCAAUUUUACAAAAAUUAUACUUGCAGAUUCACCAACUUUAUAACACGAAAAAUGAUUGCUCGAAGUAGCUUUAAACUCCAAUGUCUGGAACUUCACUGGUUGUAUUGUAAAAAAUAAUUUAUAAGUUGUACAGAGUCAAAAUACACAUCCAGGAAGUCUAGCACAACGUAAUAGAAAAAAUGUUGCAAAGUCUCAAUAUUGUUCUUGUGCAAGCACUUGAUGAUCAGUUUUUUUAUUGUUAAAUGUGAAACUCUCUCGAUUUUAAGAUUUUCUUUUUAAAUAUCUUUCUUAUCAUCCCUGAUGUGUAAAUUGUUUUGUUAUUGUCACUUUGGUCUCCCUCGUACACUUUUUCUUGUAUUUUUGACUUUCACAUUUUUGUCGAUUAUUAUACUUGGUAUUAUUUUUUUCUAUCUCUGAUGUAUUUUUCUGUUUCAACCUAAUUGAAAUAUAUUUUUUCUUCUGUUUCAUUUGUGAUAUCCUCCACAUGUCAUCAAUUUAUCAUUUAGGUUUGAUUUUAGAGUCUUCUUGAAUUUUAAAAUCCUCAUAGAUCGAAAAUAAAUAUUAUCGAUUCUUUACCUCAAAUUUGCACACUAAUAUUUUCACAACACACUGUAUAUACCAUUUGUUGGACAAUGUUAUUAUUUAGUAUUAACAGAAUAUUAAUAUUUUAAAAGACCACUAUAUUUUACAGAGAAUAUAUAAUAUAAAAUUUUAUAAAUUAUUUAUAAUUGUAAAUGGUAUUGUUGAUGUUAGUGCCAAAAUCUUAUACCUUCUGAAAAUAAAUUAAAUAAACAAU